AUGGUUAGUAAAAAGGGGUAUAAUUCGGCACUACGAAAAUAUCGUUGUACAUUUAAAGGUGAGGCAGGAGAAGGUAGAUUAAAGCAAAUUUUAAACUAUGAAUACUGGAAUUGCCGACAAGAUCCCAAAACAAAAACAACGGGAUAUGUACUAUUUGUGAAUAGUGAAGAAAUUUAUGAAGUUUCUUUCAGUUGGGCACAGAAUGAAUUGGUUGAAAACAACCGAAUCUUUCAGUGUGGGACAGUUAUCUGCACAUUUACAACGGAUUCAGGAAAGUUUAUUAAUGGAAAUGAAGUAACAAAUGAAAAUUACACUUCUGCUCACUCUGCAAUACCUACUAUUACUAAAACAAAUAAUCAAUCGCAAUUUAGAUUUAUUUUACCACGCUCCCCCCUUCAAGAAUUAAAUCAAAAAUAUCAAUAA